UCCAUUCGAAAGAUUUCACUUUCUUAAACUAGUUUUUCGCCUGUCCAUGAAAUGGCUCGUACCACGGAAUUUUAUUGCAUCGAGGAUGUUAAAUAGAAGAGAAUUAUACGAUUCAUUGAGCCGAUCAACAACAUCGGGAUCGUACUUUCGAUACUGAAUUAUCUUCCGCCACAUCGAGCUCUCCUUUUCUUUCGAUACGAAAUUCUUUCCUUAUCUAGUUCUCUGAAUUAAUAACGUGUUUUUAUAAUACGGCCAUGUUAUUUUGUAUUUAUAUUUUUCACUUAGAUUCUUCCCUCGUGUCUCCCUGAGAUAGUUAUAAAAAAUGAUUAAUUUGAUCCAAGAUUUUUUACUUUCUAUCAUAAAUAUCACGCAGGCAAUCGUAAAAUGUUGAUGAAUAUAUGAAUAAAUUAAAUAAUGCUCUAAUUAUUUGAAAACUGUAAGAGAUCGAUCAAUCUAUAAAGAACGAUUUUUGACUUGAAGAUUGAACGAGAUUAAUCGUAAUAAAUCAAGGUAACGGCAGAUGGCGCGAGAGGCUUAUACCAAGGUUCGUCGAUAAAGUAAAAUUCUAAUAUGUCUGACCGUGUUCCUACGUUUUCAAAAUAUCCCCGCCCGCCUGUCACCAGUGCAUCGCAGAUAUUGCAUUUUGUUGUUAUUUUGCAUAGUACAAAUGUGCUCUGAAAAGGACGAGAAAGGAAGCAUAUGGCAAUAAUGUAUAUCGAUUUUAGUAAAAUGUCAAAAAAACUUAAAACUGUUAAUAUCAUGAGAUAAAUUUCUUAUAUAACAUAUCGAAUGAUAAUUUGAGAAGAUCAAUUGUUUUUUAAAUUAAUAAUGGAUAAACUAACCAUCAUUUCGGGAGCUCUAUUUUUGGCAGCCGAUAUGUUUGCAAUCGUUAGUCUGGGAAUGCCUGACUGGAUUAUAACCGACGUUGGCGGAGAUACACGAUUAGGCCUUAUGCUGUCUUGUAUGACUUUAUACAACAGACCGCAAGUUUGUUAUACGCCCGACUUGGAGCCAGAAUGGUUACUGGCCCUUGUAUUUAUAUUAGUCGGAUGUAUUUUAAUAACGACAACUGUAAUAUUGCUGAUCAGUUCGCAUUGGGAUCGCAAUGUAAUUCCUUACGCUCGAUGGGUCGGAUUUACGGCGAUGGUACUAUUUUGCUUAGCGGCAGUUCUAUUUCCAAUGGGUUUUUACAUUGACGAAAUUGGUGGACAACCAUACCAAUUACCAAAUUCGCAUCAAGUUGGGAUCUCUUAUAUUCUCUUUGUUCUGGCACUAUGGAUCACAGUUAUUUCUGAACUUUUUGCAGGAAAAGUAUGUUUACCACAUUUUUAGCGUUACUCCGUGAUAUUUUAUGAUUAUGGCCUUCGUAUUAUUCUCUUUUUAAUGUUCAGUAUCAUGUAUCUUGUAAGGGAUUACAUUUCAAAGUUCGGCAGGAUUUUAUUUCUUUAAAUAUCUUAAAGAAAUAACAUCUUUGUUAACUCAUUAUCAUAACCUAUUAAUUUGCUUUACUUGCGAAUAACGAUUAGUAAGCAGAAAUAAUAGUAAUGUAAAAAGUAAGUAAGUAAGUAAGUAAGUAAAUAAGUAAGUGAGUAAAAGUAAGUUAAAAAAUAUCCAAGUUACGCUAAAGGAUUAUUUGUCAAGUCCAUUGUGUAUUGUCCAAAUCAUUAGAGUGACCUGUGCUUAUAACAAUUUGAAAAUAGCUGUCCAAUGCUGAUUGAUAUUGAAUUCAAAACAGAGGUCCACUUUUAACUUUCAAAUAGUUGCUACUCGUUAAACAGAAUCUUCCAUUUUCUAUAGAAAUAUAUGACGAAGUAAAAUAUUCCUAUAUUUUGCAUAUAUUGUAUCUUAAUACACAUGUGACAGCUUAUAGAUAAUGUAUGUACAUAGAUUUAUUUUUUUUCCUUUUUUUUUCCUUUUUUUUUAAUUUUUCUUUUUUUAUAAACUCUAAAUAUUUAUUUACAAUUUAUAAUAGAUAUAUACUAAGAUGAAAAGAAAUAUAUUGUAUUUUACUGCUUAAGUUACAUACACUUGCAAAAUUUCACUUAUAUCAAGAUUUUAUCUACAUUAUAAACAUUUUACUUUAUAGAUAAUGUAUGUAUGUAUGUAUGUAUGUAUGUAUGUAUGUAAAUAUGAUAUUUUAUAAUUAGAUUUUCUAGUUUUACCACUUUGCAUAGCUAUAAUAUUCUUAUUUGUAUGUUACUCAAAUUUCUUGUAUUUCUACAAGAGAUAAAAGUUUACACUAUAUUGUACACAGGUUUUCAUAAAAGUUUGUGUGUGUGGGUGUAUAUAUAUAUAUAUAUAUAUAUACAUAUAUAUAUAUAUAUGUGCGUGUGUGUGGGUGUAUGUACGUUUUUAUAUAUAUAUAUCUUUUUUGCUAAUUUGUUUGUUUGAUAAUAUUACCAUCGUUAACAAACAUAGAUUUGCAGACUUUUGUCGGUGCAAAAAUGUAAAAUAUGUCAGUAAAUAUAAAUGAUAUAAUAGAUGUGAUCUCGGUUUGAAAGAAAUUUUUCAACGAUAUGAUUAAUUUACAAUAUUAUGGUAGAUAUAUCUCAUAAUGGAGUAUGUCAGUAUGAUACUACCGCCAUACAAUAGUACAAUAUUAGUACAAUAUUACCGCAUAAUAAUCCUUACUUCAAUAAUGACUAAAUUGUUAAAUUCGAUAUAUAAAUUGACAAAAAAUAUUUCUUUGUUGAGAAAAAUGUAAAAAUGCAAAUACUACAACUUUACCGUUCAAGAAAGAGUUCAUUAAAAUAAUGAUUCUUGAAUAACAGACUGGUCUUAUUACAAAUGUGUAAAAGUGACGUAUUUAUAUGCAAAAAUGACACAUUUAUGGACAUUUGUUUCUAACGAAAUACAUGAGCUUAUUAACAUUAA